AUGGGAACAUGUUUAGCGAAUAAUGUAAAAAUAUCGGAAGAUUAUAUGAAGAAUUAUUAGAAUUAAAAAUAAUUUACCUAUCAAUAAAAGUAGUAAGUUUCUUUAGAAGAAGAACCAAUACACAUGUUUAAUAUUGAGAUUGAUUUACAGAAUCCAGUAUUCACUUUACAUCAUUAUGAUCCAUUAUUGAUAGAGGAUAUCUAUUAAGGUGAAUUGAGUUCAGAUGGGAAUGUAAAAUAAAAUUUUGAAAAUCCAAAAUAAGUUUAGAGAUUGAAAUUAGAGAAUCCUAAAGAAUUUAAAAGAGUAUUUAAGGAACUCAGAAGUUAAUAUUAUACACUUUAAAAUUACAUCUUACCAAAUAUUAAGGUUGAAUAAAUUAAGAAUGAUUAUUAUAUGGUGAGCCCAAUUAUAAAUAAUAAUAACACUAGGGAGGAUAUUAAUGGUGUAAUACGCCAAGUAAAUAACAAUAUCUAUAAUUUAAGGUAGUCGAUUACAAAGGCAAAUCAUUAAUAAAUAUUGUACAAUCAGAGAGUAAAUAUGUUGCAAUAUAUUGUAUAAUAAUAUAAAAUGAAAACAUAAGGUUUAUUGAUACAUUAUAAGAUUAUAAUUUAAACAAAUUUAAUAAGAUUUAAUAGGGAAAUAUGUUUUUUUAUUAAAUACUAGAUAAUUAAAUUUAGAAUAAUCAUUUACCUAUUUAUUUUAAUGGUAAUUACAUUUGUGAAUUACUUAUAUAAAAAAAUAAGAAUAAACCAAAUUUAUUGUAAUUAAAGAUUGAUUUAAAUGAUGGUCUAUAUUUACUUAGUUAUUAAUCAUUAAAAGAACAUAUGAAAAGAAGAUUUAUGAAAUAAUAUCAUUUAUGGUCAUGUUUUUGUUUAUCAGAUAAUAGAAAUAAACCAUAUUUUGCUUGUGCUAUAUUUGUGAAUUAUUUAAAGAAAUAACACAUUGAUUUAAAUAUAGAAGAAGAAUUGAGUAGAAUAUCAAAAGGUGGAAUAAUGUAUUUUACAUUUGAUAGAAUAAAAUGUUUGGAUUUAAAAUAUUAAUUAAAAUAGGAAGAAUUAAAUUAUAUAUUAUCAUCUGAAAUAGUUAAAGAAGUAAUCUAAGUUAGUCUCUCAAAUACUAGAAUCUUGAUGUCUUUUUUAGAGUAAAAAUUCUCAAUAAAAAUCAAAGAUAAAAUUAGACUUAUUGGUAAUAUAGAUUCUCAUUACUUUACAUCAAAAGCAUUUUAUAAAUAUAAUAAUUUUAUUGAAUCAUUUUAAACAAAAAUAGAAUCAUUAUAAUCAAUAAGAGAAAAGGCAUAUGAAUGGUUAUCAAGAAAUAAUUAACAAACAUCUUAUGAAUUGUAUUUGCCUAGUAUAUUUUAUAACUUAAAGAAUAUUAAAUUUUAUAUUCCUAAUUCUCUUAUUUUAUAUUAAUGGAUUGAAUAUUUAAAAUAAAUUGAUUGUUAAAAUAUUAUAUAGGAUGCAAAUUUAUUAUUAUAAAUAUAAAAUACAGAUUUAGUUAUGGAAACAUAAAACUAUGAUUUAAUUUAAUAUUAAUUAUUUGAUGCUCUAUUAAAAGGACAUUAUUUAGAGAGUCAAUUUUAAUGUAAUUAAGAAAGUUAAAGAUUUUAUGAAAUAGCUAUUAAAAUAUCUCGUUAAUGUUUUGGAGAUUUUAGAAAUAGAGGAAGUAUUUUAUAUCCAAUUGAAGCAUUUUGUUGGCAUCGAUUAUCAGUAUUUACUUCCCAAAAUGGAGAUGUUGAAUAUUAGAGUGUUAUUCAAUAUUUCUUUUCUCAAUUUAUAUAAAUUCCAUUACCUUGUAAUAAUAUCUAAUGUCAUAAUUAUAAAAAUAAAGAUUUAAUCUAAGUAUUAAGAGCUUCAAUAAAAGGAUUUAUGUUAUAUGAUUGGUUAUUUAAAAGAUUUAAUGAACUUUAAGGAGAAAAUAUUUAAAUAUUUGAACCAUAAUUUUGUUAUCAACCAGGAUAAAUCAUAUUAUGGGGAUUCAAUUAAAAUUAUCAAUUAGGAUAGAUGUAUUAAUUAAAAUAUAAAAUUCCCAUAUCUUUAAAGAGUGAUGUAAUGUUUGUAAAAAUGGCAUGUGGAUACAAACAUACAUUAGCAAUAAGUAAUACAGGUAGAAUAUAUUGUUGGGGUAAUAAUGAAGAUGGUAAAUGUGGGAAACCAUCUGAAAUCAAAUAUGUUGAAUAUCCUCAUCUAAUUGAAAGUUCAUUUGAUUGCAUUUCAAUAGAAUGUGGACAUGAUCAUUCUGUUUAUGUCAAUUCAAAAGGUAUAGUAUACUCUUGGGGAUGUGGAGAAGGAGGUUUAUUGGGAAACAAUAGUAUGAUAUCUACUCAUAUUCCAUAAUAAGUGUUGAUUCCAGGUGCUUGCAAAUAAAUGAAAUGUGGUGGACUACAUAAUGCUGCUAUUGUUGAAGAUAGAUUAUAUGUAUGGGGAAGAGGAGAUGGAGGUUAAUUGGGAUUGCCACUUGAAUUAGGAAUGGAAAUAGCUAUUCCAACCAAAGUUGAUAUAGAAAAUAUAUAAUCAGUGGCUUGUGGUGAUGCUCAUACAAUAGUAUUGAAUAAUCAGAAAUAAGUAUAUGGAUGGGGAUAUAAUGAAUAAGGAUAAUUGGGUUUAUCUUUAGAUAUUACAAGUGUUAUAUAACCUACACUCUUAAUUGAAGAUGUUGAUUCAAUAUAUGCAGGAUCUUUAUAAUCAUAUUUUCUUAAGAAUGGUAAUUUGUAUGGAUGUGGUUGUAAUGAUGAUGGUUAAUUGGGGAUUGAUACUAAUAUAGAAUAAAAAGGAAUUCAAAUGAUUCUUAAUUAUAAGAUUGAUAAUAUAGCUAUUGGUUAAGAUCAUACAUUAUGUCAAUCUUAAGGAAAAGUAUAUGGUUGGGGAUUAAAUAAAUUUGGAGAAUUAUGUAAAUAAAUUUAGACUAAACCAAUGGAAUUAUUUGCAUAUAAAGUUUAAUCAAUUGGUUGUGGUGCUUAUCAUAGUGGAGUCGUAAUAGCUGGUACUGAAAAAUAUUCUGCUUAUAAUAAUGAAUAUGAUUAUAAAAUAUAAUUAAUUGAAUGA